AUGCACACACUGCCAGGCCUUGUGCUGAAUGAAUUUGACUCUCUGGGCAUCUUCAUUGUCGACAAAGGUCAUAUGAUGAGGACAGGGUGCAACAUCUAUGCUGCAGUCCAGCUUCUCUCCCGGCUUGCACACUUGAAGCUGGACCUGAUCUACGUUGGGCAUGCCAUCGGUAUUGCAGGGUGUCUAGGUGUGCACGUGGAUGAAUUCGAGAAGGAGCUCAUUCACAACCUUGACCGCGCACGAUGCUUAGAGGCCGCUGAAUUGGGUCCACAUGAGGUCGUAGCUUCUGAUUUGGAUGUAGCCACUGCAUGCACUCAUGAGGCACACAUUGAAGGCAUCAAGUGCAUCAAAGAAAUGUACGAUGACUGUAUUAUUCGCCACAUGCACGCCUCCAAGAAUGAGCAUGGAGAGUCCCUCCUUGGGCUGGCGGGUGACAGCGUAUGUUGA